CCUUGACCUUCCUCGAAAUUGCAGAGAAAACAAAAUUGUUUGCUGUGUCGGGAUAUCUGUUCUCCGUGUUUAUACAGGAAUACUGACUUUCCUCGGAAUAAUUUAUUCAAAAGAGUCAAAGCAUUCAUCUUGACUGCCUGCUGCCAAUGUGUUGAGCAGCGGUACUCGGCAUCUCCUCGGUCACCAUCCCACGUCAUCCUCUGGUGGCCAUCCUCAUCAACUGUGGUGACCAUCGUCAUCACCAUCGUCAGUGGUGACCUUCGUCGACAUCUUCCCCUGUGGUGUCCACUACCUGCUCAUGGUCAGUGGAGUAGCCAGUGUUUGAGUGGGACUGAAUGUUGGGGCUGGCCAUUCUCUCGUGUAGGUGCCUCAAGCAGCCGUAGACAGAUUCCACAACACAAGUGUGGCCCCUCCAAGUUGUUGCUUGAUGAGGGUUGCUGUGGGUGCUGGGUGUGUGUGUAGCUCCAUCUAGGAAAUGAAGUAUACCUCUGUACCAGGACCUCCAACUGUCAACAUGGCUGAAUACAAUGUAACUCCAAAGGGGCCCGAUGCAACUGGUGUCCCGAUGGAUCGUGUCAAGAAACUUCUGAGCCCAGCAUCCAGGAGAAAGCUGGUCCCAAGCAACAAUGUCAACAAGACAUUUGGUGCCCCACUGGAGGUUCUCGUCAAGAGGUCUCCAAACUGUCUUGUUCCUUCCAUUGUGAAGAAGACAUGUGACUUUAUCUCCAGAUAUGGUAUGGACCAGGAGGGUAUUUUCCGGGUCAAUGGAAAUGCUCGUGUCCUGGAGAAGCUGCGGUACUCCUUCGACCAGCACUGGGACACAGACAUUGAGGAAGAUUGUGAUGUGAUGGCUGUGGCUGGUUUGUUAAAGAUGUUUCUGCGGGAACUACCUGACACUGUCAUACCUCUGCACAUGACGCAGGAUUUUGUGAAUAUACAAGAAGGCAACAAGGACCAUAUAGUCCAGCAUCUGAAGGAUAAGCUGAAAGAGCUGCCCACUGAGAACUACAACCUCCUCAAGUUCCUGUGCCAGUUCCUGGUGGUUGUAACACACCAUGAGAAAGACAACAAGAUGUCCCCCAUGGCUCUGGCCAUUGUGUUUGGACCAAACCUUUUCAAGUGUGGUGAUGGGAUCUCUGGGCUCCGCAACCAAGGUACCACAAACCAGAUCGUGUUCAAAUUAAUCGCAGAGUACAACACAAUCUUUAAGCAGUCACAUGAAGAUUCGCCUAUUGCCUCAUGGGAGAAGCGGUACAAGAUGUCAGCCCCACCUCGGCCGCCUCCUCCCAAGAUCUCUGCAUCUGCUGAUGAUUCUCUCAACUUGUCUUCCCCUAGAAAUACUAGUAUGAAGAGCUAUGACAGCAGUCAGUACCAGGAGAUGGAGGAGAUGGACCUCAGUGACACCUCCCCUAUCAUUCCCUCCUCAGGAGGCCGACCUCACCUGUCAGGUAUACAGGGGCCGUAUGUCCAUGAUGCAGAGGACUACCCUGACAGGAGUGCUUCACCCUUCAUCACAGACAGUGAGGGUCAUAGCAUUAUUGAAUCUCCGGUAGUGACAGCUCGGACUCAUGAGCUGGUGGAGAAGACUAUCAGUCAGAGCAUCGUGCAGCACAUCUUCGGAGACCGUCUCAGUGUCAGCCCCCAGAAGGAGGUCAACUCCCACAGCACCAGCGGCUCCACAGGCUCUGAUGGCAAUGUGGCAUCUUUGAACAGCGACAACUCUGAGAGCAGAUCUGACAGUGAGCCGGCGCCAGCUGUGAAGGACAGAAUCUCUGUGUUUGAGGCCCACAUUAAGGAGGAUGAUGUCAACGGAUCCCAGACACGUCCAGGCAAACAGAGGCCAACAUCAGCAGUGUUUGACUUCUUUGAAAACAAGAGCAUCAUCAUUUCCAAGGCCCCCAAGUCAACUGAGCUGAGACAAGAGGAGUCUCCAGAGAGGGAUUCUGACAGCUCAGACAUGGGUGUUGACCGGGAUACGCAAGUCCUGUCUUCAUUCAAGAAGCCAGUUGGACCUCCAAGACGAUCACCAAGCAGGAAGUUCCGCCGCAGUCUGGAAGGACAUGACCUUGACAGCCUUGAUGCACAGAUUGGGGAGCUGUUACAGGAUACAGAGCCAAAAGUUGAUGAACCUCUCGGACAGACUCAAGCAGUGGAUCCCCGCCCUCGUCCCAUGCCUGUGCCCAGGAAGCAACCUCUGAAGCCUCGCCAGCAGGCCAACUCCUCGUCAGACGAAGAUGAAGAUAUGAAUCACAACAACCAGUUUAAGUCGAGGAUAGCCUUCCUAGACAUCCACCUGGACAAACAAUUGAAGCCAAGUCAGGUCAACUCCCCUGACCACUCACCGGUCAAUGUCAGGAAGCCCUUUGUCCCACCGCUAGAUCUCACCAUUCUGCAUGAACAUGUCGACAGCUCAGACCCGAUCCCCGCUAGAGCCACUCAGUCCGCCAUCUACAUGAUGAGGAAACCAGUGCCCCAGGAUCCAGCAGAAGACCUGGAAAACGCUGUCAUCGUCUCGCCCAGAUCAGUCAAACUUAAGAAGAAAAAUGGCUGGGCAUCUAGCGACGAAGAGGACGCUAAAAACGAAGCGCCUCCUUCUCCCAGCGCCAGAAUGUCCUUCCCAGACGAGAGUGUGGCCAUCAACACAGACAUCCCCCCAUCACCCCCAGUGGAGCAGGAUCAAUACAAGAAACAUGGACCUGAUGAUGAGUCCAGUCAGAAGCUCAGGCAACUCACAAAGAGAAUCCAAUUGUUGAAGAAAAGAAUCAAAAUAUUUGAUGAGAAUUUUGAGAAGGAACAUGGCUACAGGCCGUCUCAUCAUGACAAGGCUGCCCACACAGAGGUUAAGAAAUAUAUGACAGAGUUGUCUCGAGCAAGGAAGGAACUGAAAAAAUUAAAAGAAGAGGCUGAGAUGGGAAGUCGAAGUCGUCACGGUAGCGGGGCAUCAUCAUCCGGGGAACGUGGUGACAUCAUCCCGACAAUGCCACCAUCGAUUGAAGGCACCCUUGAUAUCAUCCUGAAAAACCUGCAAGAAAAGAGACGUGAGAUGAAGCGUCCACGGGAGAUCUCUAUGAUGAGCUAUGAGCAGGUGCUAGAAGAAAAGCUGGCUGUCCAGAAGGCCUUACUUCACUUUGAGAGCAUCCAUGGUCGGCCGAGUUCCAAAAAUGAGAAAGAUCUGAUGCGUCCAUUGUAUGACCGGUACCGAUCUAUCAAGAGGCUUCUGGCCAAACCCACUUCACCUCGCAAUACCAUAGAUCUGGAGACUGUGCCUGAAGAUCAGCCUAUGCAGAUUAGUACAACAACAACAUCCACUUCCAAGUUUAGAAAUGUUAUUCGAGUGCCAACAUCCAGCCCUGACUCAGAUGAGAUUGGUGAUCUAGGAACAAUGGAGUUUGCUGUAACACGGGACUUCUCCAUCCUACGUGAGACGGGCCGACAUAUAGGGUACAACAAGAACAAGCUGUCCACAGCCAAUAAAAAGAGUGACUCUGAGGACGAAGAUGACACACAAACGACCGACUUCAAUGUGAACGACUUGUCCAUACCUGAACUGCAGGAUGAAGUUCAGAGAGCAAAAAUAGAGAAAAAGAGAUUACGGAAAGUCUUGCGGACAUUCGAAGAGGACUUUCUCACUCAGCAAGGGAGACGAGUGCAGAAGGAAGAUAGAUCACCAAUGCAAGGAGAAUAUAGCCAAUAUAAGCAAAUAAAAGCCAAGUUACGUCUGUUAGAGGCCCUUCUAACUAAACAUCACCAGGGAUUUACAGAUCGUGUUUAACACCCAGCACAAGUACUUGCAAUACCAGCACUGAGGGUAAAACCAUGUGGGCCAACGGAACACUGCUGUUUAUGAAGGGAGGUAACAAGUGUGGACAAGGAUUUGACCUCAUCUUCAGGCAUCGUUUUGACAGUGAUUGGUCCAAUGUGUUGGUGUGUCUUCAGAAACAGAUCCUACUCAAGAUUUGCAACAAUUGUGGUUUCAGUUUGUUAAUAUCAAAGCUCUUGGAUGUGAUUUUCGACAGUGCCAUAUUCUUGUGUAUAAAGUGAGAUAUGACUUGAACAAGGUUGUGAUAUCACACAGAAUGUGUGGACCAGUGUGGGAUCAAGUGAACAGAGAGGACUGUUCUCAGUGCCACUGGGAGGCUGGGGUUUUCUCCAGCAGCCCAGAGACUGACGAUAAAGUGGCCUUGUUGUUUGUUAUGACAGUCUCUGGAUGGUUACAAUUAUUUUGUAUAAAGUUGACAAAUCAGUAUUUUUAGAAUGCCAUUGAGGGGUAAAAGAUAAUGAACUUUAGUCAUUAAUUUAUACAUCUGGAAACAUUUAGAUUUGUUUACGUGCAAAUUUCAACAAGAAGGAAAAGGGUUUUAUAGCUCCUUGUGACAUUGUCAAUGUAUUCAGUGACACCUUGUUAGUUCAGGGCCCUGUUCUACAGAGAGACAAUAGUGCUAGGAUGAUUUGUAGCUCUCAUACUUUUAACAUAGACAUAUGAGAGUCAUAACGCUACAUUCGCUUCAUGGAACAGAGCCCUAAUCUUCAGGAUGGCUGCUGUUUGGAUUUACUGUUUGUCAUUAGAGGCACAUUACUUCAAUAAAUUGUUUAAGUGGCAAUUUGUUUUGUGGACAGUUGCACAAGAAAUGUAGCAUAUGGAUGAACAAGGUAUGAGUGCAUUCACAUUCCUGUACAGUGAAAAAAUGUGGGAUCUGACACUAGUCAGGACAAACAUGUUUACAAGAGUUACAGCUGACUCUAGUUAAGUGGACUGAAUAAAAUAAACUGAAAAAUAUUUAAGGAUUAUGCCUCUCGGUUUUGAUUCAACAAUUUAUUAAUACUAUGCAUAUUUACUAGAUGCAUGGGAAUAUCUACAUAGAAAAUUAUAUUUUAUGGUAUUAAGUUUCAAAAACGAAUAUUUACAGUUUUCUGCCUAUCCAGUCGUAUUAGACUAGCAUCUCCUGGCUAUCACAGUCAAAAUUCUAAAUCAGCCUGAUUGGACAAUACAGGGAUGUGCCUAGGAUUCCAGACUAAUAGUUGAUCUGAUUGAGCCAUAUCAUUGGCUACAAGAACUGCUAUUCACUGCAGACCUGGGUCUGAGAGAAACUUGUCAUUCAAAUCAUACACACUAACGCUGGCAAGAAAGUGCUUUGGAACACUGCUAUAUUUUUUGUCAUUUACCACAUGAUGCAAUUAAGUAAAAUAAAAUCUCUAUAUUUUAAUUAGAGAGAAAAUUGGAAAGGUAGCUUGAUGGUGAAACAGUGAUGUUGAGAUUGAGACACUCCCAGUUAAAUCUACAUGUGAUUGCUUGUUUUGAAACUAACAUUCGGAAAUAAAGAACAUUUGAAGUUA